CUCCUCUUGUAAAUAGAGAGUACAAAGCCUCCGGUGAACGGUGUGUCUGACCAGCAAUUUCUAGCUGCACGGAAAGGCUUUUGACUGAGCGAGGCCGCCCCAGCACGGGCUGCCAUGGGCUCCGUGGGCAGCCAGCGCCUCAAGGAGCCCAGCGUGGCGGGCACGCCGGACAGGGGCGUGGUGACAAGCUUCAGCUUCGACAGCUGCCAGCUGGAGGAGGAGGUGGCCGCGGGGACGACCAGGGGCCAGGAUGGCAGGCCCGGGGGUGGCCCAGUCUUCCCGGACUCUGGAGUGGAGGAGCCGGUGCCCGACGACCACUACCACGCCAUCUACUUCGCGAUGCUGCUGGCCGGCGUGGGCUUCCUGCUGCCAUACAACAGCUUCAUCACCGACGUGGACUACCUGCACCACAAGUACCCAGGGACCUCAAUUGUGUUCGACAUGAGUCUCACCUACAUCUUGGUGGCGCUGGUGGCCGUGCUCCUGAACAACGUGCUGGUGGAGAGACUGACCCUUCACACCAGGAUUACCGCGGGCUACCUCUUGGCCUUGGGCCCCCUCCUCUUUAUCAGCAUCUGUGACGUGUGGCUGCAGCUCUUCUCUCAUGACCAGGCCUACGCCAUCAACCUGGCCGCCGUGGGCACGGUGGCCUUGGGCUGCACAGUGCAGCAAUCCAGCUUCUAUGGUUACACGGGGAUGCUGCCCAAGAGAUACACGCAGGGCGUGAUGACCGGGGAGAGCACGGCAGGCGUGAUGGUGUCCCUGAGCCGCAUCCUCACCAAGCUGCUGCUGCCAGACGAGCGGGCCAGCACGCUCAUCUUCUUCCUGGUGUCUGCGGGCCUGGAGCUGCUCUGCUUCCUGCUGCACCUGGUGGUGCGGCGCAGCCGCUUCGUGCUCUACCACACGGCGCGGCCCCGCGACAGCCGCCCGGGCUGCAGGGCCAGCUACCGCGUGCACCACGAUGUCGCCGCGGGGGACGUCCACUUCGAGCACCAAGGCCCAGGCCUGGCCAACAGCGGGUCCCCGAAAGACAGCCCCGCCCAUGAGGUGACCAGCCACAGCAGGGGAGCCUACACGCGCUUUGAUGUGCCUCAGCUGAGAAUCACGCGCAGCUGGCCCUCCUUCAGAGCUCUGCUGCUGCACCGCUAUGCCGUGGCCCGCGCCAUCUGGGCUGACAUGCUCUCCAUCGCCGUGACCUACUUCAUCACGCUGUGCCUGUUCCCGGGUCUCGAGUCCGAGGUCCGCCACUGCGUCUUGGGCGAGUGGCUGCCCAUCCUCAUCAUGGCUGUGUUCAAUCUGUCCGACUUCGUGGGCAAGAUCCUGGCGGCUCUGCCCAUGGACUGGCGGGGCACCCACCUGCUGGCCUGCUCCUGCCUGCGCGUGGUCUUCAUCCCCCUAUUCAUCCUGUGCGUCUACCCCAGCGGCACACCCGCCCUGCGCCACCCAGCCUGGCCCUGCGUCUUCUCUCUGCUCAUGGGCAUCAGCAACGGCUACUUUGGCAGUGUACCUAUGAUCCUGGCGGCGGGCAAAGUGAGCCCCAAGCAGCGGGAGCUGGCAGGGAGAAGAAGAGGGGAGGCAGCGUGCCCCCUGCCUGCGGGGACUCAGAGCCCGGACCUGGGGGCUGCGUGCUCUGUGCUGAAGUCCUAGCUGUGCGGCCAAUUCGUGCGACAGGAGCAACUUCCUGAACUGUUCGGUGCCGUAGUACCCCCGAGGAGCGGGGCCGGUCCACUCUCUGCUGCCGGUCCCUUGGAGGAAGGUUGGGGCCGGGGGCUGCCCAUCAAGGGGCUGUGCUCCAGCCACUGGGCCCACUGGGCAGGCCUCACUCUGGCACCCGGUGGGCACCCUGGGCAGCUGUGGGAAGAGCCUGUAGGUGAUAUCACAGGGACCGCCAGGUGGCGCCAGUUCACUGCUGCUGCUGCUGCUCCUGCUGUCGUGUGACUCAGUUUCUCUGAAGCUGGAGGGUCAUCAGAGCCUUUCCCCUGGCUGGUGGAGGUACCCAUGGGGUCGGGCUGAGAGUUGACCUCAGGGGAGGAGUGGGAAGCAGCACCAGGAGAAGGGCCCAGCCUCCCCCAGCCCCUCACACUUGCUCAGGGCCACUCAGACCUUCAGCAUCGUCCUCCUUGUGGUCUUCAGAUGGGGGUGUGGCUGGGAGUGCUGAUCUUGGCACUCUGAAGCCCUCCAGCCUCUCACUGGCCAAGAGAAUUUUCUGCACUGCUGGAUACACCCAAUACAGUAGCCACUGGCCACAUGGCUGGGGCAACCAAGAAACUUUUCAUUUCCCGUAGCUUGGCUAUAAGUAGCCCGUGUGGUCAGUGGCCACGGUGCCGGGGGGGGGGGG